ACAACAGAAGGACCCAAAAUCGCUUUCCCAGAUUCCAAGCUGAGUUUCCCGAGCUGACGUCAGCUGACUGCCUUGGCUGCAUUCGCCGCUCCGGACAUAGCUAGGGCUGUGAAAAUGCUGCUCUCCGUUCCGCCAAGGACAGGAGUCAACCCAUACAACGGCUAUAACAGCAGAAACAGCAAAAAGCAGGCCUAUGUGUCUUCCAACCAGCAGAUGGCGCCACCCAGUCCCAACACCAACAGCAGCAGCAACAGCAGCAGUGGGGGAGGGGAGCAGCUGAGCAAGACUAACCUGUACAUCCGCGGUCUUCACCCAGGGACCACAGAUCAGGACCUAGUCAAGCUAUGCCAACCGUAUGGCAAGAUUGUGUCCACCAAGGCCAUCCUGGACAAGACCACCAACAAGUGCAAAGGGUAUGGCUUUGUCGACUUCGACAGUCCAGCCGCGGCGCAGAAGGCAGUGGCGGCGUUGAAGGGCAGCGGAGUUCAGGCUCAGAUGGCCAAGCAACAGGAGCAGGACCCCACAAACCUGUACAUCUCCAACCUACCGCUGUCCAUGGACGAGCAGGAGCUGGAGAACAUGCUGAAGCCCUUCAGCCAGGUCAUCUCCACCCGCAUCCUGCGCGACACCAAUGGGACCAGCCGUGGUGUGGGCUUUGCUAGGAUGGAGUCAACAGAGAAGUGUGAAGCCAUCAUUCAGCAUUUUAAUGGCAAAUACAUCAAGACUCCACCAGGAGUACCAGUGCCCACAGAACCCUUGUUGUGCAAGUUUGCGGAUGGAGGACAGAAAAAGCGGCAGAACCAGGGGAAGUACCUCCAAAACGGGCGGCCCUGGACCAGAGAUGGCGAGACGGGAGGAAUGACGCUAACAUAUGACCCCACAACAGCUUUACAGAACGGGUUUUACUCGCCCCCAUACAGCAUCGCCCCAAAUCGAAUGAUCGCGCAGACCUCCAUCUCACCCUAUAUGCAUUCUCCCGUCUCGUCUUACCAGGUCCACAGCCCCUCCUGGAUGCACCACCAGUCGUACCUCAUGCAGCCAGCUGGCACGGUCCUGGCCCCCACGUUGGACCACGCUAUGUCCAUCCAGCCCAGCUCCAUGAUGGGCCCCAUCACACAGCAGCUCAGCCACCUCUCUCUGGGCAGCACGGGCACGUAUCUGCCAGCCAACACAGCUAUGCAAGGGACCUACAUCCCACAGUACACCCCAGUGCCUCCCUCUAGUGUCUCUGUGGAGGAAAACAGCGGGCAGCAACAGCAGGUUGCCAUGGAGACGCCCUCAGAACACACAGCCUACUACCAGCACAGCAAGUGAAGCAGAGCUGUUCCUACAGGAAGUACGUCCCUGAAGAGACCCGCUGUAGCGCCUCUGAGGGUGGUCCUCGGCUCCACGUACAAACUCUGGAAUCUCGCGCUGGACAUUACAGGGAAGACAAAAGGAACAGCUUUCUUUUUUAAAGAGAAACACCCAUUUCACC